AUGAUAGUUUUUUUUUCUAACCUAGUACCUAUUUUACUAAUAUUUAUUGUACGUGCUCCAUUCUUAUUUGGGGUUAUUUUCUUCCUUUUAUAUCAGAGAAAUAGUAAUCAGCGAAGCAGAUCAAGAUCACCUUCACGUCGUUAUCCGGAAUACAACGAGGAUCGUUAUCAUGGACGUGACUACGAAUCAAGCAGACGUUUCCAUCCAAGAAGAGGCCGUGGUGGUGGCGGUUUCCGUGGGAGAGGUCGUGGAGGUUUUGGAUAUCGUGGAAGCUAUGGUGGCGGCAGUGGUUUCCGUGGAUCUAGAGCACCGAGAUUCCAAAGAAGAGAGCCAAAUUAUGCUCUUGGUGAAUCAGGAAUUGCAGAGGAUAAGAAUUACGACAACAGCGUCUUCGUUGGCAAUUUAUCUUUUGAUUGUACAGGUGAUGACUUAAGAGAUCUUUUUUCAUCGAUUGGUAGAGUAAUUAGUGCAAAUAUCUAUUAUUCUCAUGGUCGUUCAAAAGGUAUGGGUACUGUAGAGUUCGAGGACACUGCCGACGUGGAUGAAGCGAUCAAUCAACUUAAUGAUACCAUGUUUAUGGGUCGUAAUAUUUUUUUAAAACCUGAUUCCCCUCCUCCAAAUCAAAAUAAAUUCCCUAGAGCACAACCAUUAUCACAUCAACAAGAAUCACUUCCUCAAGGUUACGAAGUGUUCAUCAUAAAUUUACCUUAUUCCGCAACAUGGCAAGAUCUAAAAGAUUUAUUCAGAGAAAGUGGUGAUGUAUUAAGAGCCGACAUUGAGCUAGAUUAUAAUGGUUACUCAAGAGGUUUUGGAAAUGUGUUUUACGCUACAAAAGAAGAAAUGUACAGUGCCAUUGAUAGAUUCAAUGGAUAUGACUGGAAUGGUAGAAUUUUAGAGGUAAGGGAGGGAAAAUUCAAUCAAAUAAAUGAGACUUCAAAUGAAAAUGAAUUUAUUGACUAUAAUGAGGUUCCAUCUGAAAAACCAAGUUCAACAUUCACGGAGGGCGUUAUCGGUGGAGGUGAGAAAACUAAUUUAGUUUAUAUAAGUAAUUUACCUUUUGCAACCUCAAUUGAUGAUUUAUAUGAUCUAGUUGAAAGUCUUGGUAACGUUGUGCAUGCUGAAUUGAAAUUUGAUGAAACUGGCUCACCAACUGGGGUUGCAAUUGUGGAAUAUGAAGAUAUGGAUUAUGCUGAGACGGCAAUGGAAAAGUUAAAUGACUAUAAUUAUGGGGGAAAUGAACUAUCUGUCUCAUAUGCUCAACGCAAAUAG